AUGGAUGGCAAGCUAUUCCUGGCAGAGCAGGUGCUCAAUGACCGGCGCACGGUCACCUAUCGCUCGUUGAGCUGCGCGCUCAAGGUCCACGCCAGUCGAGCCAAGCAGAUGCUCUUCGAAUUCCACCAUAAUGAAAACGCAAAGAAGCCUCAGAGCGUUCACGCCACCUACGUUAUUUCGGGGAUCCAGAAACCACCCGAGCCUGCUCCCAUCAAUGGCCCUACCGACGACGACGAUGAGAUCAUGCAGAGCAGUUCCUAUCUACCCAGCUCGAUGCCGAACCAGGAUGCGGCAUCUGACUCGGUGCACAUCGCGUCUAUCGUGCUCGCGCGCGAGGAGGAUCUCGAAGGUAUUGUUUACCUUGGUUCUCACCGCUAUGGCCCGCUGACCCCGGGUCUCCAAGCGACUGCGCUCCAGGACUUGAAUGUGCUCACGGAUGUGAGUCGGGAGGUUUCAAGUGCCCAUGCGCACGAGGAUCCGCUGGAACAUGGAAAGCAGUGGGGGAUGAUCCAGAACCGAAAUGUCAAGCGGAGAACGGGGACACGUCCACUUCCGGCUCCGGCCCCGGCUCCUACUGCACCCAAGCCCUCGUCACAGUCGACGGUACCAGCCAAACGACCACUCCAGAGGGAUGCACCAGUGAAAACGGAAACCAAGAAACAAGAGGAACCAAAGCCACAACAGUCUUCGGCGACUACCGAUUCCCAGUCAUCCUCCAAACCCGCAGCGAAACCGGCGCCAGCCAAGCUCGAAAAGAGCAACCUCUUCAAUUCGUUUGCCAAGGCUAAGCCCAAGCAAAAGACGUCAACGGCCCCGGAAUCGGCGCAACCAAGCGGUGCAGAAGAUGGUCAGUUAGCCUCCGAUCGAUCUGGAUACAUUCACUCACAGCUUGCAGUGGUCCUGGAUGACGCCUCUGAGGAGGAGCCCGAGGAGCUCUUCCCAGACACAGGCGACAAGGCCGCGUCUUCAAACCGCGAGAGCAAGAAGGAGCGGGAAGACAAGUUGAAAAAGAUGAUGGAAGAUGACGAUGCCGAUGAUGAAGAAAUGCCUGAUGCUGAAGAAGAGCCGCCGCGAGAACCCACACCCGUGGAGCAGCCGCCGCCACCCAAACCUGCCGAGCUCAAGGAAGAAUCGACGGUGCAGGGAGGCCGGCGGAGAGGCAAGCGGCAAGUCAUGAAGAAGCGAACGGUCAAGGACGAAGAGGGUUAUCUUGUGACCAAGGAGGAGGCGUCGUGGGAAUCAUUCUCCGAAGAUGAGCCGGUGCCCAAGAAGAAGCCAGCUGUGAGUGCGCCCAAGGGCAAAGGAAACAAAGCAGGACAAGGGAAUAUCAUGUCAUUCUUUGGGAAAAAGUGA